CCUUGGCUUUCCCUGCGGCCUGAGAAGCAGCUACUGCGGAAGGAUGGCCCUUGGGGCCGGCGGCUUCUCCGAGGAGCAGUUCCGGGAAGCCUGCGCUGAGCUUCAGCAGCCCGCACUUUCCGGGGCCGACUGGGAGCUGCUGGUGGAGACCUUCGGUAUCAGCAUCUACCGGCUGCUGGACCAGCAGACUGGAGUGUAUGAGUAUAAGGUCUUUGGCGUCCUGGAGGAUUGCUCACCGGAUCUACUUGCAGAUGUCUAUAUGGACUUAGACUAUAGAAAACAGUGGGACCAAUAUGUUAAAGAACUUUAUGAAAAAGAAUGCAAUGGAGAAGCAGUGGUGUACUGGCAAGUCAAGUACCCUUUUCCCAUGUCCAACAGAGAUUACGUCUAUGUGCGGCAGCGGCGAGAGCUGGACCAUGAAGGACAGAAGAUCCACGUGAUCCUGGCCCAGAGCACCUCCGUGCCACAGUUUCCAGAGAAGUCGGGCGUGAUUCGGGUGAUGCAGUACAAGCAGAGCCUGGCGAUCCAGAGCGAUGGCAAGAGGAAGAGCAAAGUUUUCAUGUAUUACUUCGAUAAUCCAGGUGGCCAGAUUCCGUCCUGGCUCGUUAACUGGGCUGCCAAGAAAGGAGUUCCUAACUUCUUGAAAGACAUGACGAGAGCCUGUCAGAACUAUCACAAGGAAACCUAAGGGAGGGAAUUGGGAGCCUUGUGUCCAUGGAAUGAUGUCUCCGGAAGCGCCACAACCGCCAGCGCUCAGCCUGCCCUUCACUUUUUUGUCCUCAGAGACUUGCACGCUCUCCAGCAUGUUGUCCCCAAGUGUGUUUGCCUGACGCCCAGCUUCCUUUCCCACUCUUCCUUCCCCAGGACCCACUGCCUUCUUCCACUGUUGAAUGUGGGUCAGAUUAGGGAAACUUUUGCUUGUUUAUUUUUAAAAAGGGGAGUCCUGGGCUUCCCUGGUGGUGCAGUGGUUGAGAGUCCGCCUGCCGAUGCAGGGGACACGGGUUCGUGCCCCAGUACGGGAAGAUCCCACAUGCCGCGGAGCGGCUGGGCCCGUGAGCCAUGGCCACUGAGCCUGCGCGUCCGGAGCCUGUGCUCCACAAUGGGAAAGGCCACAACAGUGAGGGGCCGGCAUACCGCAAAAAAAAAAAAAUAAAUAAAAUAAAAUAAAUAAAUAAAUAAAUAAAUAAAAAGGGGAGUCCUCAGUAAGGAACACAGUCAAUCCAUUGUGCCAUUCUAGGGAGAUCUUGGGUGGAGGACUGACAACACCAUCUGAGAGUGACUGAUCCUGGCAAGCUGGCUCCUUCCCACAUGUGCUUUCUUGCAACCCAGGGGGGUGAUUUCCUGCUGAAGUUGCAUUUUCUUCAGAACUGAUGCUCAGUGCACCAAGACUGGAAGAUUCAUGUCCAUUUGCCUUAUGCUUUGCUGCCUUGAUUUGAGGAUAAUCCACUAAGCCUCUCCCCAUUCCUGCUUGUGGAGGAUCAUGAGCUGUUUUGAUUUUAAACCAUUUUGGAAAACGUUGCAGGCCUGACUAAGUGUAUAGUGUGAUAACAGUUUUUUCUCAUCACCCAUGUCUGGGUUUCUCUCUUUCCCAUAUGCCACUGGAGAAGGCUGUCUGUACCUCACUAGCUCUGCAUUUUACUGGACACUGAGGCAUCAAGACAGCUCUGGCAGUUACCAGAAGCCAAGCUACUUUGCACACAGCAUUGAGAUAACGUGUCUUUUUAUGCAAUUUCCCUUCUAGAAUGUUUGGAGACGUUGCAAGGAUAAGAGUUCACAGCCAGGGAAAUACUAAUUAGUGGUGUGGUUGACUCUACCUAAGUUUUCCACCUCUCCCACCACCACAAGACUUUCCGUUUCCUACUUUUCUCUUGAAUUUUGGAGGGAAAGAUAUUCUGUGGACAAAGGCACAGCCUUAUAAUCUCAGGGAAAAGGUUUAACCACUGUAUGUGAUGGUACCAAACAUUGAUUAAGGGGCAUAAAAAUUCGGGAUGCAAAGCCGGAGGCAGGGGAUUUAUUAAUUAAAAUGAUACUCCAGGCUCUGUAAUUUCUCUCUGGAAAGGGAAGUACAUUGAACACCAAAUAAAUACAGAGUGACUUAUA